AUGUUCCGCAACAGUGUCAGACGCUUCGCCGCGACGGCGUAUAGGUCAACAGAGACCAUCGCGCAAACCGAGGCGAAAAACACUUACUCCAUUCAAGUUUCCAGAGCCCAGGGUGUUGUUAAGGGCCUCAUUGGAGCAAUUGGAAAUACCCCCCUUAUACGGCUGAACCGUCUGUCCGCGGAAACUGGCUGCGAAAUCCUUGGCAAAUCCGAAUUCCAAAACCCAGGUGGAAGCGUCAAGGAUCGGGCAGCACUAUAUGUUGUCCAGGAUGCGGUGGAGCGAGGGCUUUUGAAACCCGGUGGCACAGUUGUUGAAGGCACUGCCGGUAACACUGGAAUCGGUCUGGCCCACGUUUGCCGGUCAAAGGGUUACAACCUCGUCAUAUACAUGCCCAACACGCAAUCACAGGGCAAGAUCGAUCUUUUGCGGUUGCUGGGCGCAGAGGUAUACCCCGUCCCAGCCGUUGCCUUUGACAACCCGGCAAACUACAACCAUCAAGCUAGACAACAUGCCGAAUCGCUCAACAAUGCUGUCUGGACAAACCAGUUUGAUAACACCGCCAACCGCCGUGCACAUAUUGAGACAACAGGGCCGGAAAUCUGGGCGCAAACUGGGGGUAAAGUCGAUGCCUUUACAUGCGCCACUGGCACUGGUGGCACGUUAGCGGGUAUCACCAGAUAUUUAAAGACGGUCAGCGAUGGUCGGGUGAAGAGCUUCCUCGCAGAUCCACCAGGAAGUGUCCUGUACAGUUACAUAACAAGCGGUGGAAAGCUUAUUGAGAGAACUGGGAGCAGUAUAACAGAGGGAAUAGGCCAAGGCCGUGUCACAGACAACCUAAAACCGGACAUCGACCUUAUCGACGGAGCUUUACACAUUAGUGAUGAGAAGAGCAUCGAGAUGGUUUACCGGUGCCUGGACGAGGAGGGAAUCUAUCUUGGCGCCAGCUCAGCUCUCAAUGUUGUUGCCGCAAAGGAGGUCGCUGAGAAGCUGGGCAAGGGCCAUACCGUCGUUACGGUAUUGUGUGAUGGCGCCUACAGAUACGCUGACCGUCUAUUUUCGGAUAAGUGGCUGCAGAGUAAGAACCUGCGCGGAGCGAUACCUAAGCAUUUGGAGAAGUAUAUUGUACUACCAUGA